AUGACCUCAAAAACAGCAAAUUCGUCUAAUGCCCAUAAUCAACAAAAGAAGGAAUUUCAAGUUCGAAUACCAAAAACGGCAAAUAAACGAUUAACAAUACUAAAAUUCAACGAAAGUUUAAAUGUCCGACCGCAGCGUUGGGUAAUGGAAACACUUAGAAUGGAAAGAGAAGAUAAUAGAAGAGCAGGGGUAACCACUUCUGGUAGUUUUGUGCAAGAAUUUGGUGAAGGAAGCGAAUAUGGUAAGGCUGCUCGUGAAGAGGCACGACUUAAAAAAUUUGGACGUCAGACUCGUAAAUAUGAACAUGAUAAACAACCUUGGCGUUUGACUAUUGAACAAAACGUUUCUGGCGAUGCUGACUCUAAACAGGCAACAAAAAUUCGCAAAUUUCGUUCAAUGCGAGAAGCUGGGGCAAGUGAACAUGCAGAUUAUUGGAUUUUCUAUAAGUCUGGCAACGAUUUAGAGGCAUACAAAGUUGACGAAUGGUAUCAAUUUUUGCCUGCUGUAACAUACAAAUAUUUGGACGCUGAACAAGCAGAGGAACGAUUUAAAGAACGUGACAAUGUUCUCAAUCAUUUUGCUUUGAAAGCACAAAUCCAAAAACAAUUGGCUGAACAGGAGGAUCAAUUACAACAGCAACAACGUCAAAAAAUUGGUGAUACUUUGAAACGGGCUGGCGGUUUGAAAAUCAAAGAUGAAGCGAGCUCUGAUGAAGACGAGGAUGGUGAUGUUGACGAGGAGGAACAAAAUGGAAAGUCAAAAAAUGGCAGUAAAAAGAAAAAGGAUGGCAAGAAGGGGAAGAAGGUUAAAAAUGAGAAGGAGGAAAAGAAUAAAACUAAAAAACAACGUGUAAAAGCUGCUGACGAAAUUGCAGAUUAUGAAUCUGAAGACGGACAAGACGAAGGCCGUGAAUAUGAUUAUAUGUCGGAUUCUGGAAGUGAUUCUGAACGAGAGGAAUUAAAUGUUGAUCAGAAAAUGGAAGAUGAUUUAGUUGGCGUGGCUGAUGAACAAGGGCUAAAACAUGAUCUUGACUCUGAAGAAGAUGAUGACGAUUUUGAUGAUGAAGACGAUGACGAAGAAGAAGAGGAGAAAAAAGACCAAGAAGAGGGGAAGAAGAAUGGUGUGAAGGAACAAAAUGAAACUGCUGAUUCGCGUGCUAAAGCAGUCAAAAAUGUUGAUAAAAUGAUGGAACAAAAUACUGGUGCUAAAAUUAGAACUGAUUUUGACAAUGCUGAAGAGUCUGAUGAUUCUGACUUUGAUGAAGAUCCAGACAGUGCAAGAGUUAAUUCUGUUCUUUUUAUGCAAGAUAAGCGUAAGACAGCUACAUCUACUUCAUCCUCCCAGCAAAGAAAAAGGCAAGAGCCAGGUGGAACUAGUGAAAUGCAACAAUCAUCUUCUGUUUCUGAACAACCAGAGGUUAAACGGGCUAAAAUCGCUAGUGAUGAACCUGAAUUUGAAGUCAUUACUGAAUCUUUUAUUCGAAAACUGCUUGAAAAGAGACCUCACAGCACAAAACAGCUUUUAACCAAAGUUAAUCAACGAUUUCAACAACAACAUAAACAAGAUGAUAACCAAACACCGCCUGUUAAAGACAAGAAAAUUGUGGCUCAAUUAGCAGAAAUUUUGAAGAAGAUCGAGCCAUAUCAAUUUCGUAAAAAGAAUGAAGCCGGUAAAGAUGUUCUUUAUUUUUCAAUGAAUCGAACAGCAUAA